AUGACAAAUUUAACUCAUUCCAAUGGCCAUGGAACUGGCUACGGCAACGAAACUUUACUCAUGAACCCCCAUUUAUGUACACUUGAUACGUGUGAUCUUUCAUUGUCGAGUUUCGAGUAUCUACCUACCGUCGCUGGAAAUUCCAUAUUCGCUGUUUUAUUCGGGAUAUUUUUUAUUUCACAAAUUGGGCUUGGGAUUAAGUUCAAAACUUGGGGAUAUAUGGUUGCUAUGAUAUUUGGAUUACUCCUCGAAAUUAUUGGUUACGUAGCUAGGAUUCUUCUCCACUAUGCUCCUUUCGACAAAAACAACUUUCUGAUGUACCUCAUUUGUCUCACCAUCGCACCCGCCUUCCUCACCGCAGCCAUCUACCUCUGUCUCUCCCGUAUCGUCAUCCUCUACGGCCAAGAAAUCUCUCGUUUCAAGCCAGGAACAUAUACAAUCAUCUUCUGCACCUGCGAUCUGAUCUCACUAAUUCUCCAAGCCGCUGGUGGAGCCAUCGCUUCAUUAGCAGAUACCGUUGAUCAGAGUAACCUGGGAAAGAAUAUCAUGUUAGCAGGUCUUGGAUUCCAAGUCUUUUCUCUUGUCCUCUUCUCUAUCCUUUGCGCCGAUUUUGCUUGGAGAGUCCGUUGCGCAAAAGGUACCUGGAAUCCUCGAUACAUCGAUCUCGUAUCCUCCACCCUGUUCAAAGCCUUCCUCGGCGCUCUCUGCAUGGCAACAGUGACCAUCUUCGUCCGUUCUCUCUACAGAUGUAUAGAACUGUCAGGUGGUUUCAGCGGCUCACUUUUUGUGAGUCAUGAGGCGGAAUUCAUGGUUCUAGAAGGUGUCAUGAUUGUUUUGGCUACAGGAGGUCUUACGAUUCUUCAUCCGGGGUUGGCAAUGCAAGGGGCGUGGACAGAGGCGAAUUUUAGGUUUAGAAGCAAGAAGGGUGGGAUGGAACCGUUUAAGAGUCAGAAUGAUGUGAGUGAUGUCGAGAUGGGGAGUAGAAAGAUGUUUAUGAGGUUGUGA